AUGUCAAACUAUAAAUUAUACUACUUCAAUGGCCGUGGACGUGCUGAAGUAACUCGUUUGAUAUUUGCACAAGCUGGACAAAAGUUUGAAGAUAUUCGUUGGGAGCACAGCGAGUGGCCACAGCAUAAAGCAGAAACACCGCUAGGACAAAUGCCUGUUCUGGAAGUCGACGGCACCAAACUUCCGCAAUCAUUAUCAAUUGCUCGGUUUGUUGCUAAGAAAUUUAAUUUAGCUGGUCGUGAUAAUUUAGAGCAAGCUAAAGUGGACUCGGUUAUUGACACAAAUGCUGAUUUGCUGCAAAAGUUCGUGACAGUAUCGUUUGAAAAAGAUGAACAAAAGAAACAACAAGCCUUGGAAACAUUUCAGCAAGAAGAUUUACCAAAACAGCUACAAAAUUUAGAAACAUUAUUAACAAAUUAUGGUCAAACAGGUCCAUACUUCUUAGGUGCAAACUUAACAUGGGCUGAUCUGAUGUUUUUGGACAUGGUUGAAAAGGUACAAGAUUUAGUGAAAACACAAAAUUUCUUAGAUAAAUACCCAAAAUUAAAACGUAAUCAUGAUGAAGUACAAAAACAACCGAAAAUUGCUGCCUACUUAAAAAGUAGACCACAAACACCAUUUUAA